AUGCAGAAUAUUAGUAUAUCCGAAAACAAUACUUUGUCUUCUACCUCUGCAACGAUCUCGAUAACCGAGCUCACACCAAUGAAACCUCAAAAUAGUCAAAAGAAAGAAGAAAGGAAGAAAAGAAGAAGAAAAGAAAGAAAAGAAAGAAAGAAAGAAGAAAAAAGAAGAAGAAAAAAAGAAGACUCGGCCAGUCAAAACGUAUCCGGCACCACUAUAACACGACCAAACGAAUCAAUGCCUAAUCUAACGGUAGCGGCUUUAAUAACUGAUGGUGACACGGCCGCGAUCCUGCAGGAACCGACCGCCGGUACUGUACAGCCGGUUUCAAUUGAACCAAUUGCAUUUGGCCCGACGCCGAUAAAAUUGGAAAACAACGCCGGACUACGAAAUCACGAACUUUCAAAUAUUAAUACAUCCGAAAACGAGAUUUUGUCUUCAUCUCCUGCGGUCCCGACAACCGAUGAACCAACAUCAAUGACACCGGAAAAUGAUAACGAGAUCGACACGGCCGCGAUCCUGCAGGAACCGACCGCCGUUAAUGUACAGCCGGUUUCAAUUGAACCAAUUGCAUUUGGCCCGACGCCGAUUAAAUUGGAAAACAACGCCGGUUUACGAAAUCACGAACUUUCAAAUAUUAAUACAUCCGAAAACGAGAUUUUGUCUCCAUCUCCUGCGGUCCCGACAACCGAUGAACCAACAUCAAUGACACCGGAAAAUGGUAACGAGAUCGACACGGCCGCAAUCCUGCAGGAACCGACCGCCGUUAAUGUACAAUCGGUUUCCAUUGAACCCAUUACAAUUGGCCCGACACCGAUUAAAUUGGAAAACAACGCCGGACUACGAAAUCAAGAACUCCCGACCGCGGAAGUCUCCUCUGAUCAGUCUGCAACAGUAUCAUACCGUGAUGGAUCGGGCGAACCGGACCUAAAGAGCCGAGAUCUCGCCGGUCUUCAGAAAGAAUUGUGGCAUUCAAUGCCGAAUAUAGGACUGCAUUACACAGAUAAGACGUCUUACGACACCAAAAUCGAGUGUACUGCUUCGAUGAAAGUUUCACACGACUCGUCAACUCGUAGCAGUAUGACUGUGACAGAACCAGAGGUAACCCAGGUUAAACUUAAACGACGCUCGUUGUGGAAGCGGGCGAAGAAAUUCGCCCGUCGCGUAUUUUGUUGCGCUGCAUGA